AUGGCGCACCGUCAGCAAAGAGAACGGGACCCUCAGCGUAACAACUACCACAAUACGCAAGGGGGACAAUCUCAGAAAUACAACAACGGAAAUGGGCGCGACAACCGUUCGAAUCAAGGGCGGAAUCAACAAGAGGGCCCAUAUCACGGCGACGGAUGGCAUGACAGCCGCCAGAAUAAUACACGAAAUCAACCUCCUCAUAAUAAAAACGAGAAGGGUCAAUAUGGUAAAUACAACCAUAAACCCCGUCAGCAGCGACAUGGGAACUAUCAACAAACUCGCCAAUAUUACCAAAAUAACGAAGGGGGUUAUCAGCAAAAUGGACGGCAAGGCCAUAGGCCAAAGGGGCCUCACCAAAACGACCAACAGCAGGGCAAAAGAGGCAAGGGAAAACCCCGGCAUCCAGACCACCGUCAACAACAUCCAACAAAGCACCAAAACCAGCCCCGUCGGAACCCUCCAAACCAGCGACAGCAGCACCAUUGCGGGCCGCCAGAGAUUUGGCAAUACCAAAGCGGUGGCGAGGCCGAUUUGGAUACGUCGGAGGCAGAAGACGAAGUGUUAGAAGACGCUCCCCCAGUACAACAAGAGCCACAUACUCGGCAUCCACAACCGCAACCGGGGGCACCCGGACCUAAGAACCAAACAUGGCAGGCAUGGCAGCAACAGCAACAGCAACAGCAACAGCAACAGCAACAGCAACAGCAACAGCAACAGCAACAGCAACAGCAACAGCAACAGCAACAGCAACAGCAACAGCAACAGCAACAGCAACAACAACAACAGCACCAGCACCAGCACCAUCAACAACAGCCGGUGUACGAGGAGUGGGCCCAAAAUCAUGACCAAAUCCUCAGGGAGAGUGUCGACAGCUGGGAACGGAUCCAGAGGAUCCGAGUCGAGCAACAACGCGAAUCACUAUACCACUUGUAUUGCGAGACAGAGAGGGCUAUGAGGCUGCUGGGCCAGCAAGAUCAAAAGAAGGCCCAGCAUCCCCUGGCUCACCCACCACUACAAGUACACACUUUCCAGGAGCAGCAGACCUCACUCCCCGAAUACAACUUGGAAAGCUCACUACCCCAGUCCUGGGAGCGCCCCCUUUCCUCACAGGCACCUCCCAGAAGUCCACCACCGGCCCCCCACCAACACACAUCCUCCCUUCUCCAACCGCAACCCAACUACGUCACCCGUCGCACGACGUCCUCCCACUACAGGCGGAUGGAACUACAGGCAAGUGAAGAUCUGAGCUGA